AUGUCUUAUAUUCCUCCACAUAAGCGACAUUUGAAGGAUCCGUCCAAACCUUCCCCUGUUCAAGAUUCUCUUGAUACAAAAUUCAAGAAGAACCUUAACUUCAAGAGUAGCAGUGAUAAACUCAACCGUAUUACAUUUUCUGAAAAUUUCAUUUCCAAAUGGUUUCUUGUUGGUUCAAAUGGAAUCGAGGAUGAGAUUUCUCCGUCUGUUAAGCUUGUGCCGGUUUCCUCUGAUUCUGUCGAAUGCAGAAAUGGAGAAAGGCCUUUGGUAUUGAUGAACAACGACCUCCAUAAAGAGAGCAAAGAAGAAGAGAGAACUAGGUGGCUGUUAGUAGCAGAGAAGGUCGAAGAGGAUCUUGUAUUUGCAUAUGAGCGAGCUAAGACUGCAAUAGAGGAGAACCAACAUGUCUUGAGAUUGGUUGCUAGGUUUGGUAAAAUUUUCUUUUAUAGGCGUCAAGCUGGUCCUGUGGCUGAAUAUUCUAAGAAAAACUUGAACAAGGUGUUCUCUACAGAUGUCCCAGCUUCUAACUUGCAACACAUCAAGUCUAAGGUUGUACCAAGCCAUGGAUUCUCUAUUGAUUUGAAGAAGGAAACAUACACCGUGAAGGUAUCUCAUUAUAAUCGUCCCAAUGAAACCAUCAACUGUAAAGGUACCAUUAAGGAAGAUGGAAAGCUCAGUAUGUACAAGGCCGAGCUUAAUGUUGUAUGGCAUAUGGUUGUUGAUGUGUCAUGCAUUGAUAAGAGUCUCGACAUGAGACUGAUGCUCGCUGCCAAAAGGAAAAUGACGGCUCUCACCGAGAAAGAGAUAAGUAGCAUCAAAGAGCUACUAGAUACAGCAACUGUUGAUCCAAAUGUGAAAGGUGGUUUAAGAUGGCCGCUUGCUAAAGCUUCAUCCGAAACUGGAUACAGAGUAUUUGAAGUUUGUCACGUUAGAGCUACUAUCUACAAAAACCAGACUCUCAGGCUUAGAGUUAGAGACACUGACAGAUUCAAUGAGAGGACUGGAACAGGAGCAGUCAAGAGGGAAGUGACUCUGAUACUUAAAGACAUCAACACUAAGUUACAGGAGGAGAACAUUGAGAGGGCUUGUGUUUUGAAAAUGCUUAGAGAUGCUCUUGGAACCAUAAGGGACUUCAUGCAUUGA